AAAAUGCUUCAUUGUUUAGGGAUUUGAAGGUAUUUGUUUGGUUUUGCAUGAGUUAUGCUGUGUAUUUAUUUGCUGUAAUAUAGUAUAUGGAUACCUUUAUUUGUAUACUUACAGUGAUUUGUGGUCGUAAAUUAUGCAUUGUUUCCUUUACAGGUAUGUAUGACAUCAGAAUUGAAACUGAUUAUUCACCACGGAGGUGAUUUAGCUAGGGACUGAGUGCAUAGUUAUGUGGGAGGUAAGGCUAGAAUAGUGGAGAGUAACUUAGAUAUUGACCUUUUGUCAUAUCUCAAUAUCAUGUCUUAUGUAUAGGAAAUGGGGUACAACAGUAUUAAUGGGUUGUUCUAUAGAAAAGGUGUUGGUGGACCAUUUAUCUUAAUUACUGAUGACUCUUCUGUCUUACAAGCUGCAAGUGGUUUAAAGGAUGGGAACUAUCUAGAGUUUUACAUUGAACACUGCAGUAAUACUUGUAUUACUGAUAGGGCAAGGUACCAGUGCUCAAUCCUUUGUCUAGGUUUUGAAUAGAAAUAGUAAUUAGGAAAGUAUACCUAUGACAGAUGGGGGUAGUAUACCUUUGAAUACCUCUUCUGAUGUUGAUGUUGAAGUAGAUGAGUGGUCUGAUGAAGAGGAAGGAUUACCUAUUUUUGAGAGACAUCAAACAUUUAAUAAAAUCUGUAUAAAUAUGAGUGGAUUGACCGGUGAUGAGGACGAUGAGUUGAUAGCUGCUAGAGAAAAUGUGAGACAGUAUAGGUUUAGAAAUAAAACACAAUAACAGAAGGAGAAAGUUGGAAAAGAUGCUGAAGAUGGUCAGAAUAUACCUGUAGACAUCAUUUUUUUAUGGAGAGGAAGUUCUUGAUGAUGAUGACAUCUCAAAAGACAAUGAGAGUAGUGAUGGGAAUGAUAAUGUUUACUAUAGCAGCUCUGACCUAGGUAGUUAUGUUGAAGAAACUGAUAAUGAGUAUGAUGAUGGUCUUGUGAGGAAAAAUGAGAUAAAUGUUUGUUUUGAUCCUAAUGCAAAAAUACUUGUUUUUUGUGUUGGAAUGACUUGCAAAAAUAUUAGGGAAGGGAAUUUGUUACAAGGUGUAGUGUUAUGAAGGUAUCACAUGUCCAUUAUGCAAAGAAUGAUGGUGACAGAAUAAGGGCUGUUUGUAGGAUAGAUUGUCCUUGGGUUCUGCAUGUGAGCAUACAUAAUGCCACUAACACAUUUAAGACAUAUAACCCUCACCAAAUGCUACAGAUACACCAAAACAAAAUUCUGUAAUAAUGAGUUUUUAAAGAGGGAGUACAUGAGUAGGAUAAUGUCACAACCUAGUUUGAAGUUGAAGGAGGAGGCUUCACCAUCAUUUCAGACAUACAAAAGGUAACUUUUUAUUACUUUUAUUGUAACUAACACAUGUAUAUAUUGUAAUGUAUAUUUAUUAUAUGCUACUGUAUUGUUUUUUAGGGAUUAGAAUCUACAAUGGAAGAGAUUUUUUCCAAUGUUGAGCAUAGAAUGUGUACAAGACACAUAAAUGCUAAUUGGGCAAAAAAAUGGAGAAGUGAGGAGAGAAAAUUUAUUUUUUAGAAUUGUGCUAGGGUAACUUUUGGGAGGUAGUUGAAAGAUAGAUUAGAAACACUUAAUGAACUUGGAGAGAACAUUGUGCAAGUUGUCUUAAGUUAUGGGGUUAAAAGCUGGUGCAAGGCAUACUUUAAUGUUGAUGUAAAGUGUGAUAUUGUGGAUAACAACCUAUCAGAGACUUUCAAUGGCUGGAUACUUGAACCAAGAUGCAAGGUAAUUAUUUCAAUGCUUGAAGAUAUUAGGGUGCAAGUGAUGAAUAGGUUGUGGACUAAAAGAGAGUCUGUUAAUUCUUAGAUUUGUGAUCAAUCUCCUAGGUUUAUGGAGAAACUAGAGAAAAAUAAGAAGUCAUUCAAUUGGUUUAUGCAGUGGAAUGGAGAUAUGGGAUAUGAGAUAACUAAUGCAAAUGACAAGGAGGAUAAAUACACUAUGAAUAUUGAAAAAAGAAGUUGCAGUUAUAGAGAGUGGGAUCUUACUAGCAUCCUUUGGCAACAUGCAAUAUGUGCCAUAUUUUAUAAGAGUGAUCAUCCUGAAAAUUUUAUGGCUCAUUGGUAUUCAAAACAGACUUACAUCAAGGCAUACAGCAAUAGCAUACAGUGUGUUCCAGGAAAGUAGCACUGGGUGGAUACAGGGAAAGAAAGAAUUAUGCCUCCUGAAUUUAAAAAAAUAUCAGGAAGAUCGAAAGAAAAUAGAAGGAAGGAUAAAGAUGAGCAAAAGAAGACAAGAAAGUUGUCAAGGGUAGGGAGAAUCAUAUGACAUGUGGAAUAUGCAAAGAACCUGGACACAAUAUCAAGUGUUGUCCAAAAAGGAAUGUAGAUACACAGAUGAAAGUAGGGAAAAAAACAAAAAGGCAGAAAGUGAACUCAUCUCAACAGAAGCAAAAACAAGUUGCUGACAGUUCAAAGGAAUAUAGCAGUGCUAAUAUAUUAAGAGAAUUUUCACAACCAAGGAAGAACAAAGAGAAGGAACUUUCAUCUACUUCAAAAUUUGAUCCUAAAGGGAAAGAAGUUGACCAUUCAGCAAAUCCUGAUAGGCUUUUUGCACAAGAACCAUCUGCAGAAGAGUUUAGUGUCACUCCUGACUUCUUCACUGCUUCAAAGUAUUAUAUGCGGCAUUGUUCACAACCAUCUCCUCAAAUGGUUGUAGAAGCUGCUGAAAAACAAAGUUAUUCACAACUAGGAAGUAGGAGUACAGUAAAAAAAGGCUAAAAAAACAUAUUGUAGGUGAAGGCUAUUAUACGAAUGUCAAGACUAGAGCUGCAACUUUGCAGAUACUCUCUAUCAUAUUCAUUACUUUAUUAAUGCAAUAUUUGAUGAUAUUAAUGCAUAUCUAUAUGGGCAGACAUUGAACAAAAAACCAGUACCUCUGUAUGGUGGUUUUAAAAGUGCACAAAAAGACUUAACUAUACGCAGCAACAGUCAGACUUAAAAUGUAUACUAGUCAAAGAGUAGUACCAAUUUGAACAACAUUAUUCUACAGAAAGACUAUCUUAAUGCAAUAUCUUGGGCUAGAGCUAUUCACUAGAAUGGGGGUCCUGCUGCCACAUUAAAUGAUCUCCAAGCAGAAAUAGCCAAAAAAGUAGCCAGCUCAAACAAGCCAAUUUGGAAGCCAUGAACAUCAAUUAAGUGUAUAACAUCAAUUAGGUUUAUAGCAUCAAUUAGGUUCAUAUUUUGCGGGUAGUCUAUAUUUUGUGUCAAAUAUUUAAUUUGUUUGGAUGUUGGCAGUCCAUAUUUUGUGUCAAACAUUUACUUUGUUUAGA